UAGUUAUUAUUGUCGUUAAUGUUAUUUUUAAUAUUUUUUAUUAUUUAAAAAAAAUUGAGUGAACAUUAUUUGGUCUCGAAUAAUCUCUGAUAAUUUUUUUUCUCAAUUCAUUUUAAAUCGACUUUUUCCAAUAUACAAAAUUUGUUUGGAGAGCUCUAGGGGAGGGAGGGGAGGGACGAUCGUUCCCCUCCGUUCCCCCCUUGUUCCACCACUGGUAUAUAUAAGAUAGGAUUUUUUCCGACGAAGUUUCUGCACAUUUCGAGUUCAAGGGUGGAAAAGCGCGGUGGGAUGUGUGAUUCCCGGACGCGUGCGACGUUAUUCAUUCCACAUAUAUACCGUACCGACGCCGUCAAACGGCACGUAGUGCGCGAUAUUCUUACUUCGAAGUAUACCAAGCGAGAAUGUCUCCGAUCAAGGAGCCGCUGUCCCGCAUGCAGAGUGAGGAUAAGUAUGCGCUUAGUAGAUCGAUGAGAGACAGGGAAUCGUGUUGUUCGAGGGAUGAAGAUGAGAAAAGGGGCGAGUACGAGUUAGGCGCUUACGGUUACGGCAAGAACAAUGUCAAGUUGUUAUACGUGCGUCGAGAUAAUGAGCUGCGACACGAGAUACGCGAGUACGAGGUCGACACGCACUUGCGUCUCAGCUCCCAGAAAGAUUACCUCGAGGGUGACAAUCGCUCCAUCAUCGCGACGGACAGCCAGAAGAAUACGGUGUACCUGAUGGCGCGGAAGCACGGCAUUCACUCGCCCGAGGCGUUCGCGCUUCUGCUUUGCUCUCACUUCCUCUACACGUACGAACAAGUGGCGGAAGUCAGUAUCAACGUCGAGGAGUACCCGUGGGCCCGAUACCACGUUGACAAUCAGCCGCACAAUCACGCCUUCAUUAUGUCCCCCACCGCGACGAGAUUCUGCCAAGUCAGUCAGCUCAGAAAUGAAUCACCACGAAUACGCGGUGGAUUAAAGGGGCUGCGAGUGUUGAAGACCACGCAGAGCUCAUUUACAGACUUCAUUCAGGACGAGUACAGGACGUUGCCGGACAUGAACGAUCGUAUUUUCAGCACUGUCGUAACGGCGACCUGGGACUUCUCCACCGCGACCGGGGUGGAUUUCGACGGUGUGUGGCACAUGGUGAAGGAGUGCAUUAUGCAGAAUUUCGCGGGUCCACCGAACACGGGGAUUUACUCGCCCAGCGUGCAGAAUACGCUUUAUCUCGCGGAAAAGUGCAUACUUGAUAAAGUCAAACAAAUUCAUAGCAUCGAGAUGCAAAUGCCAAACAAACAUUACUUCGAUGUGGAUCUCAGCAAAUUCUCCAAAGUUAUACAAGGGCAGAACAAGGAGGUUUAUCUACCCAUGGAUAAGCCAUCGGGUAUUAUCUAUGCUCGAUUAAACCGAAAAAAUGUCUCUGCCAAAUUGUAGAUAUGGCAGAUAUGCUGAUAUUGGCUGUGGAUUUAUACGAUGUGCCUCCGGCAUGGUGGGAAAUGGAAUGCGUGAAAUACGGGUGAAUCGAAGUCCUGUCGCUGAGGAUUUCGCCGAGAAUAACCUCUUGAUUAAUCGAUGCAGGCUCAGUCACAUACCCGUGAGGUCGCGAUUAACGUCGCUGAUGAGAAGUAACGUAGUGCGAUUGACGGACCGCAGGUACAUGAUGCGGCUCGCGUCGAGGCUGCAGGAGGAUUACGAGGCGCGGCAAAAGAAUCGCAUCGAAGGACGGAAGUUGAAGGUCACCUCGGUCGUGCCGCAGCUGCGUGAACUGUUGUCCGGGUUGUCGUUGCCGAAGACACCUCGGCGACGUCGUAAAUGCGCGCCGAAAUUUCACGCGGACGCGGCUAAAAAAUGCAAGCAACUUCCGCAGCUGUUACUCGCGGACCAUUCAAAACCCCAUGUAUAAACGCGCGAUAAUUCGCAUUUAUUUUGGCCGCGAAAAAAUCUAAACGCAAUCCAACGAGAAAUACAGCGAGUCAAGGAACAUUUCGAGACGUCUGUUAUACGCGUAAUAAAUAACAAGCCAUUGUGAAAUUUA